AUGCGUGGGCACAAUCUUGCAUGUAGCAUUGAUGGAGUCAAUCAUGUCAAGAAACUGGGUGUAUCAAAAUUCCAGUCUGCCAGGGCGGGCCCGAUCGUCCGCAAAGUCAAGCAUUUCGACCUCGACUGGCCUAGACUGGAACUGUUAGGGCACACAGUCGCAAGCCACAGUGCCUUUCAUCGACCAUCCCCCAGGUCCACCGAGGAGUCCACAUCAUAUCGGCGUGUCCACUCCGCCCACUAG